AUGAUAAUCAAUUACAACCAAUUGAAAAAACAAAAUAAUUAAAUAGACGGAAUAGCAUUGAACUAAUUAAAAAAUUAAUGGUUGAAAAAUAGAAUAAAAACUGUAUUUAACAUACUAGAUGUAUAAAUUGCUCGUUUUGAUUUCUAAUUAUAAUUAAGAAAAAUCUACAAUAAUUUUAAUCUUCGAUUAGAGUAUUACCUAAAUGGAUGCUUCAAUUAAUAAGCAUUAUCAUAUUGUUAUAAUUAUAAUGUCAAUUAAAUAUUGAUUUCAAUAAAAAAUACAUUCAUAAUUAUGCAAACUAAGACAUUAAGCCUUUAAGAAGAAUGCAAUUAGGGUUUAUAAGAGAAAUAAUAGUUUACUUACCAAGCUUUAGAAUAAGCACAAUUAAUUUAAAAUUAAUAAUGUAAUUUCUUAGCAUUUGAUUAUACUUCAACUCAGAUUCUGGCUAGUUUUGGAACAAUUCUUAAGGCCUACUUGUUCAUUAAUGAACAAUUAAUAUUUAUCUCUAUAUUUUAAAUUACUAAUUCUAGAGUCACUUGCAUAGAAAAUUUGAAGUAAUGUAAUUUAUUUAUAUUUGCAAUGCUUAAUGGAUAAAUAUAAAUAUCAAGCAGUGUAGGUAUGAAUCAGGGAAAAUACAUUUAAAAAUUAAGAGAUCACGUAUCACCAAUUUAUCAUUUACAAUCAAACAAAAAUUCAGAUUCUAUAAUUUCAUGUGAUGAUUGGAAAGUGUCAUUUUUCAUAAAAUAAAGCUAAGCGUAAUAUUCAUACUCUUAUACUAAUAACAUCAGAAUCUGUGCUGUAAGUUUCAAUGAAAUAGGCGAUAAAUUAAUAAUCUCAGAUUAUAAUAAGGAUAUAAUUGCAUUGGUAAAAAGAGGAACUGGUUGGAUUAAACUUUAAAAUUUUCAUUUAGGUAAAUUAGGACAUGGAAUAAGCUUUAUUGGAAACGAUUCAUUUAUGGUUUAAGAAGCAUUCAAAACUUUGGGUUAUUACAAAUUUGUGAAUUAAGGCCAAGAGUUUAAGAGACAGAGAGAACUCAAAAUUUAAAGUUAUGGGAACUGGGGUUCUCGGAAAUUCAAUCAAAGGUAUAUUAAAAUAAAAUAAAUACUCAUAAAUAAGGAUGGAAUAUCAUUAAAUUUUAUGAAAAUAUAGGAUGAUCCUUAUUUUGUUACAGAGUUUUAAUUACAAUUUCAUGAUUCUUCCACUCAAGUUGCUCUAAAUGAGAAUGGAUCCUACUUAGUAACAUGGGACAAUUUUACCCAAUCUAUAAAAAUUUAUAAGUACUUUGACUGA